GUGUGUGUGUGUGUGUGUGUCCUGCAGGGCGCAUGAUGUCUUUCAUUAGUCUCAUUGCGGGGGGAGGGGAGAGGAGAGGAGCGCAGAGGAGAAGAGAAGAGAGGAGAAAAGAAGAGAAGAAGGGAUUUAACCAGGGAUCAAGCAGGAGACACCCAAAUAUCAUGCAAAUGGAGAAAAACGACAGAGGUGAGGAAGAGGAGGAAGAGCACAGGAGAGAGGCGGGUCGGUUGUUUAGUUUGUGUCCCGCUGGGAAGAAGUUCCGCAGCAAACCUCAGCUGGUGCGUUACCUUGGCAACUCCAUGGACCUCAACUCGUUCGAUUUCCGCACCGGGAAGAUGCUCAUGAGUAAACUGAACAAGAACCGACAGAGGCUUCGCUACGAGACGAACAGUCAGACCAAGGGAAAACCCGACCUGAACACGUCUCUCCCGGUGCGACAGACAGCCUCAAUCUUCAAACAACCUGUCACCAAAGUCACCAACCAUCCCAGCAACAAAGUCAAAACAGAUCCACAAAAAGCCGUAGACCAGCCAAGACAGUUGUUUUGGGAGAAGAAGCUGAGCGGACUUAAUGCAUAUGACAUCGCAGAGGAGUUGGUGAAAACCAUGGACCUACCCAAAGGUCUGCAGGGAGUAGGUCCCGGGUGCACGGACAAGACUUUGCUGUCUGCGAUUGCAAGCGCCCUGCACAGCUCCGCUCCCAUCACAGGCCAGCUGUCGGCAGCUGUGGAGAAGAACCCAGGAGUGUGGCUGAACACGGCCCAGCCGCUCUGCAAGGCUUUCAUUGUUACAGACGAGGACAUCAGGAAACAGGAGGAGCUGGUGUACAACGUGAGGAAGCGUCUGGAGGAGGCUCUCAUGGCCGACAUGUUGGCUCACGUAGAGGAGGCUUCCAGCGGUGAAGAAGCACUUAAGGAUGAGGGAAACUGCCAUGAUGAUAAGGAGGAGGUAUAGCGAAGGGCAGCAGUACACGUCUAAAACUACCUGCAUACAACUCUAUCAACUCCACCAUCUAACGAGGACCAGAGACCAAACCUUCCUGCUCCAACUUCUUCACCAAGAUGCUCGAGUCCUGCUAUGAAGAACAUAAUCCAAACCCACUGGCUGGGAUUCUUUUCAGGACUGUCAGUUUGGCAUUGUUUAGAUUUUUAUUGUGUAUAUAAACAAAGCGUUUGCAGAUUCUAGAGCUGAAAGUGGCACUUCCACGUGAUUGGGUUGUGUCUGGAGGAGUGAUGUGACAAUCGGGUGAAAACUUCCAUCCUCCUGUUUUCUAGAGUAGAGAGGUUUUAUGAUGCAGGAUCCUGGGAUAUGAUGAAAAGGAUGUAGUUAGUGUUGUACAGUAUCGAGAACCACCAAAGGAACCACGUGAUGUUUGAUACAUUCAUUCAUCGAGUCCUUAAAAUCCCAAUCAUCUUGAAGAACCUUGGAACCUCAGCUAACUGAAUCUGACAUUAACAUUAGGAGUCAUACACUAAUGGACAAAAAGUAUCGGGACACCUGAUGUUUCCAGGCGUACUGUAUAUGAUUCCGAACCAAAGUUAAAUGCAUGAAAUUUUCCCUCUGCAUGAAAUUUGCUCCAGCAAGCCAACUCCAUGAAGAUAUAUACUUUACAUGGCUUGGAGUGGAGGAUCUCCUGCUAUAGAGCUCCAACCUUAUUGGGAUGAAUGUGAGAGCUGACUGCACCCCAGGAACCUCCUCACCUUCUCACCUACAUGAGUCCAGUCACAAAACUUAGUGGAUCAUUUUCCUCAAAAAUUAAAGAUUAUUAUAAGAGUAAAUGGAGACUAAAGGUGGACUGGGAUGUUCCAAAAGAAGCAGAUGCCCAGGUGUCCUCAAACUUUUGUCCAUACAGUGUAGGUUCCUGAUCAUUCAUUCAGUAUAAAAUGUGGUGUUGGUGUUGAUAAGUUCAGUAUUCGAUUCUUUGAUUUUGUACAUUUCUUUGCUUAUAUUGGUGUUUUGACCUCAUGAACGUUUUUCUCUUGCGCACAAAAGAGGUUCAGUCUGGAGUCACAUGACAACGCAGUUUUUCACAAUGAACUGGAUUCAAAUACGAAUUCAAGUGUGAACGCUGAUUCUGUAUAAUGAAAAAAUAAACCCAGUUGCUGUUUUUGGAUGAACGCACAGGUUGGAUCUUGAAUAUAUGUAAAUGUUAUGGUUUGAACGUGUUGAAAUUUGUUGAUUUUUACGCAGUAAAGUGUUCCUGUGUGUUUGA